AUGCGGUACUGGCUGAUUCCAGCUCUGCUGGCCGUGGUUUAUUUCUGCACUGUGGUCCAGGGUCAAGUGCCGGCUCCCACAAGGCUCAGGUACAACAUGCUCUCUCAGGACAGCAUCCAGAUCUCGUGGAAAGCUCCGAGGGGCAAGUUUGGUGGCUACAAACUUCUGGUGACUCCAGCAUCAGGAGGAAAAACCAAUCAACUGAAUCUCCAAAACACUGCCACGAAAGCAAUUAUUCAAGGUCUUAUGCCAGAGCAGAACUACACGGUUCAGAUUAUUGCCUACCACAAAGACAAGGAGAGCAAGCCAGCCCAGGGCCAGUUCCGAAUUAAAGAUUUAGAAAAAAAGAAGGAUCCCACGAAGCCCAGAGGCAAGGUCGUGGACAAAGGAAACGGGACUAAACCGGCUUCGCCAGAAGAGGCCAAGUUCGUCUGCCAGACGCCCGCGAUCGCCGACAUGGUCAUCCUAGUGGACGGGUCCUGGAGCAUCGGCCGCUUCAACUUCCGGCUGGUGCGGCUCUUCUUGGAGAACCUGGUCACGGCCUUCAACGUGGGCUCGGGGAACACGCGAGUCGGUCUUGCGCAGUACAGUGGUGACCCCAGGAUAGAGUGGCACCUGAAUGCCUUCAGCACAAAAGACGAAGUCAUCGAAGCCGUGCGAAACCUUCCGUACAAAGGGGGAAACACGCUGACCGGUCUUGCAUUGAACUACAUAUUUGAAAACAGCUUUAAGCCAGAAGCGGGGUCAAGGACUGGCGUUGCCAAAAUUGGUAUCCUGAUCACAGAUGGCAAAUCCCAGGAUGACAUCAUCCCGCCAUCGAGAAGGCUCCGUGAGUCAGGAGUCGAGCUCUUCGCCGUAGGGGUGAAGAACGCGGACCUGAGUGAGCUGCAGGAGAUCGCCUCAGAGCCCGACAGCAGCCACGUGUACAACGUGGCCGAGUUCGACCUGAUGCACACGGUGGUGGACGGCCUGACGAGGACGGUGUGCUCUGGCGUGGAGGAGCAGGACAGGGAGAUCCGAGCCUCAGCUCUUGCCCCCACUGGGCCGCCGACGGAGCUGGUUACGUCAGCAGUCACCGCCAGGAGCUUCAUGGUUAACUGGACUCAAGCCCCAGGCAACGUGCAGAAAUACAGGGUCGUGUAUUAUCCCACCAGAGGGGGAAAACCGGAAGAGGUGGUGGUGGACAGAAGUGUGACUUCCCUUGUGCUGAAGAACUUGAUGUCUUUGACUGAAUACCAGAUAGCAGUCUUUGCAGUCUACGCCCACACUGCCAGCGAAGGCCUGCGGGGGACGGAAACUACGCUGGCGCUGCCCAUGGCUUCCGACCUGGAACUGUACGAUGUGACUGAGAGCAGCCUGCGCGUCAAGUGGGACCCCGUGCCGGGGGCCACAGGGUACCUGGUCCUCUAUGCACCACUCACAGAGGGCGUGGCGGGGGACGAGAAGGAGUACUGCGACCUAAUUACUUCAGUACCUUUAAGUCCACCGAGAAACCUGAGAAUCUCCAAUAUCGGCUCCAACAGUGCUCGAUUAUCCUGGGACCCAACCUCCAGAAAGAUCAGUGGUUACCGAAUUGUGUAUACCAGUGCAGACGGCACUGAAAUCAAUGAGGUGGAGGUCGACCCUGUCACCACGUUCCCGCUGAAGGGCCUGACCCCGCUCACCGAGUAUUCCAUUGCCAUUUUCUCCAUCUAUGAGGAAGGGCAGUCGUUGCCUCUGGCUGGAACAUUCAUCACAGAGGAAGUCCCAGCCCAGCAGUACUUGGAAAUUGAUGAGGUGAAGACAGACAGCUUCCGAGUGACCUGGCACCCACUCUCGGCCGAGGAGGGGCUGCACAAGCUGAUGUGGAUCCCAGUUUAUGGCGGGAAGACUGGAGAGGUGGUCCUAAGAGAAGAGCAGGACUCCUACGUCAUUCAGGGCCUGGAUCCCGGCACUGAGUAUGAAGUUUCACUCCUGGCUGUGCUCGAUGACGGCAGCGAGAGCGAGGUGGUGACUGCCGUGGGGACCACGCUUGACAGUUUUUGGACAGAACCAGCCACAACCAUAGAACCAACGAGACCUGUCACAUCAGUUUUACAGACAGGAAUCAGGAACUUGGCUAUAGAUGAUGAGACGCCCUCCAGCCUGCGGGUGUCGUGGGACAUUUCCGACAGCAAUGUGGAACAGUUUAGGGUGACCUACCUGACGGCUCGAGGGGACCCCGCCGAGGAGGUGGUCAUAGUGCCAGGGAGCCAGAGCAGUGUCGUUCUGAGGCCUCUUCUUGCAGCUACGGAAUACAAGGUCACUGUAACGCCCAUCUACUCAGAUGGAGAAGGUGUCAGCGUCUCCGCUCCAGGGAAAACCUCACCAUCCUCUGGCCCCCAAAACUUAAGAGUCUCAGAAGAGUGGUACAACCGGCUGCGCAUCUCCUGGGAUUCCCCGCCCGGGCCUGUGAAGGGCUACAGGAUUGUCUACAAACCUCUCAGCGUUCCCGGCCAGACCCUGGAGACGUUUGUGGGUGCCGACGUUCACACCAUUCUCAUCACCAACCUCCUCAGCGGGACGGACUACAGCGUGAAGAUCUUCGCCUCCCAGGCGGCGGGCUUCAGCGAAGCCCUGACGGGCCUGGUGAAAACACUAUCCUUGGGUGUGACCGACCUCCAGGCACACCAGGUUGAGAUGACCAGCUUGUGUGCUCGGUGGCAGGUGCAUCGCCAUGCCACAGCCUACAGGAUCGUCGUGGAGUCCAUCCAGGAUACACAGAAGCAAGAAUCCACUGUGGGAGGAGGGACCAACAGACACUGCUUCUACGGACUUCAGCCUAACUCCGAGUAUAAAAUCAGCAUCUACACCAAGCUCCAGGAGCUCGAGGGCCCGAGCGUGAGCAUAACGGAGCGAACACGAUCCCGUCCUACCCAGCCACCAACUGUCCCUCCAACCAUCCCACCAGCCAGAGAAGUGUGUAGAGCUGCCAAGGCCGACUUGGUGUUCAUGGUGGACGGGUCUUGGAGCAUCGGAGAUGACAACUUCAACAAGAUCAUCAACUUCCUCUAUAGCACGGUCGGCGCCCUGAACAAGAUUGGCGCGGAUGGAACUCAGGUGGCGAUGGUUCAGUUUACCGAUGACCCCAGGACAGAAUUUAAACUAAAUGCUUACAAGACCAAGGAGACGCUUCUUGAUGCGAUUACACGCAUUUCCUAUAAAGGGGGGAAUACAAAAACAGGAAAAGCCAUGAAACACGUCCGAGACAGCUUGUUUGCAGUAGAGGCAGGGACGAGAAGAGGCGUCCCAAAGGUCAUCGUGGUGAUAACGGACGGGAGGUCACAGGACGAAGUGGACAGGAUCUGCAGGGAGAUGCAGGCAGAUGGCUACAACAUCUUUGCCAUUGGCGUGGCCGACGCGGAUUACUCGGAGCUGGUCAGCAUCGGCAGCAAGCCGAGUGCCCGCCACGUGUUCUUUGUGGAUGACUUUGACGCCUUUAAGAAAAUUGAAGAUGAAUUAAUUACUUUUGUCUGUGAAGCUGCAUCAGCAACUUGCCCAAUGGUGCACAGGGAUGGCACCGAUAUUGCAGGAUUUAAGAUGAUGGAAAUGUUCGGUCUGGUUGAAAAGGACUUCUCAUCAGUGGCAGGGGUUUCCAUGGAGCCUGGCACCUUCAACCUGUAUCCAUGUUACCAGCUGCAUAAAGAUGCCCUGGUCUCGCAGCCGACCAAGUAUUUGCAUCCAGAAGGGCUGCCUUCGGACUACACAAUCAGCUUUCUCUUCCGGAUUCUUCCUGACACACCACAGGAGCCCUUUGCUCUUUGGGAAAUUUUAAAUAAAAAUUCUGACCCAUUGGUCGGGAUCAUUUUAGACAAUGGUGGGAAAAGUCUAACAUACUUCAAUUAUGACUAUGCCGGGGAUUUUCAAACCGUCACUUUUGAAGGACCCGAAAUCAGGAAGAUCUUCUACGGGAGCUUUCACAAGCUCCAUGUGGUUGUCAGCAAGACUUUGGUUCAAGUGGUUGUUGACUGCAAGCAAGUGGGCGAGAAGGCGAUAAAUAUAUCAGCUAACGUCACGUCGGAUGGAGUAGAAGUCCUGGGGAGAAUGGUUAGGUCGAAGGGACCAAAUGGAAAUUCUGCAGCGUUCCAAUUACAGAUGUUUGACAUCCUUUGCUCCACAUCAUGGGCCAGUAGAGACCAGUGUUGCGAGCUGCCAGGCCUGAGGGAUGACCAGUCCUGCCCCGAGCUCCCCCAUUCUUGUGCCUGUUCUGCAAUCAAUGAAGUGGCCCUGGGUCCUGCUGGCCCCCCGGGUGGUCCGGGACUCCGUGGACCAAAAGGCCAGCAAGGUGAACAGGGUCCAAAGGGACCAGAAGGCCCUCGUGGGGAAUCAGGCCCUGCAGGACCUCAGGGGCCACCAGGACCUCAAGGACCAAGUGGUCUGUCCAUUCAAGGAAUGCCAGGAAUGCCAGGCGAGAAAGGAGAGAAAGGAGACACGGGCCUUCCUGGGCCACAGGGUGUCCCAGGAGGUGUGGGCUCACCAGGACGAGACGGUUCACCAGGCCAAAGGGGAUUUCCAGGAAAGGACGGUUCCUCUGGCCCUCCAGGACCCCCAGGGCCAAUCGGCAUUCCUGGAGCACCCGGAGUGCCUGGGGUCACAGGCAGCACAGGACCACAAGGCGCCCUGGGGCCACCUGGUGUCCCUGGAGCGAAGGGAGAGCGAGGCGAGCGAGGUGACCUGCAGUCACAAGCCAUGGUGAGGGCGGUGGCGCGGCAAGUGUGUGAGCAGCUCAUCCAGAGCCACAUGGCCAGGUACACGGCCAUCCUCAACCAGAUCCCCAGCCAGUCCUCAUCCAUCCGGACCAUCCAGGGACCGCCUGGGGAGCCUGGGAGGCCUGGCUCCCCCGGAACCCCUGGCGAACAAGGACCCCCUGGUGCCCCAGGCUUCCCCGGAAAUGCAGGCUUGCCAGGGAGCCCAGGAGAGCGAGGUCUAACUGGUGUCAAGGGAGAGAAAGGAAAUCCAGGCGUUGGAACUCAAGGUCCAAGAGGCCCACCCGGACCAGCAGGUCCUUCAGGGGAGAGUCGGCCUGGCAGCCCAGGGCCCCCUGGUUCCCCUGGACCAAGGGGUCCCCCGGGCCACCUGGGCAUACCAGGUCCGCAAGGGCCUUCCGGCCAGCCUGGAUAUUGCGACCCAUCAUCAUGUUCUGCCUAUGGUGUGGGAGCCCCCCAUCCAGAUCAGCCUGAAUUCACCCCUGUCCAAGAUGAGCAGGAAGCCUUGGAGCUGUGGGGCUCCGGGAUCUGACAGCCUCCGAGGACAUUGCAGACCAACGGAAGAUCUCUUAAGGACUUCACCCAAGAAAGUGCUGUCAUGGGGUCUGCGUGCUGGGGAGCUCGUGUCUGCAGCCCAGACCUCCCCCUCAGAGAGUGCUCACAUACUGGUGUAAUUAACAAAAGUCCUAUUUUAAAGAUCCCUUUAAUCUAUGUCACCUUCGAGAUGAGUUGCCUUUGCUGUUUCCUUCAGAGAAGAGUGUCCAAACAAGAAUUGGGAAAAUAAAUCAAACUCUGGAAUCUUGUGUGGUUGGUGAUCCCAAGUUCUAACAUGAACAAGAUUGAUCUGGCAGUGCUGGAGGGAACUGGGCCCCAGCAGAAGGAGAGUGGACCGAGGGGAGUCGCCGGUGAGACCACUGGUCCAGCCUUGUAGACACGGCCUUGCCGAUGAGAAAGGGUCAGGACCGUGACACACCUCUGCUUGCCUGCUCUGUCCACUCUGAGAUCACAUAGUGACUGCUCUCACGGGUAUCCAGAAAUAAGCUCUAGAAUGUAAUUUUUCUGGAUUUGGUAAUUUUAAAAAUGGACUUAGCUUCUCAGGGGCUUUUGACUCAUGUGAAGUAACAACUCUCCACCAGCUCUGAUUUGCCCAGCAGUGUGUCCCAGGGCUUGCUCCUCCUCGUCCACAGGGAUUACUUUGUAUGUGCAGAGUUUUUGAGAACAUGUUUCCAUUUUCUUUUGUAAGCAAAUAAAAAUUUAAAAC